UGUAAAUAUACAUUGACUGCAGAUUUGAUGAUUUUAUGUUCAAAAUGUGUUCCUUAUCUAUCAUGAUUUUUUUUCUCAUCACAGUUAAUUCGAUGUCGUUAGCAGAAUCUACUUCAUUAGCUACAGGUAUAACAUGUUCUUCUGAUGAGUUCAGGUGUGACUCUGGCCAGUGUGUUCAUAUAAGAUGGAGAUGUGACAGAGAGAGAGAUUGUUCUGACGGCUCGGAUGAACUUAAGUGCAAUUAUAAUCCAACAUGUGUUAAAGAUCAAAAACGAUGUUUUAACGGUAAAUGUAUGCCAUCAAAAUGGUUUUGUGAUGGUGAAGAUGAUUGUGGUGAUGGAAGCGAUGAACAGAACUGUCCAUCCACAUGCCCUGCCGAACAGUUUAAAUGUACAAAUGGAAAGUGUAUACACAUUACAUGGCGAUGCGAUGGAGAUGAAGAUUGCGAUGACCACAGUGAUGAAGAAAGCUGUGAAACAAAUUCUCCUAAAUACUUCUGUAAGGAGACAGAAUGGCAAUGUAAACACAAAAAUCAGUGCAUUCUUGCGAAUUGGAGAUGUGAUGGCGAAGCAGAUUGUUUUGAUGGUUCUGAUGAGGUUAACUGUACAUACACAUGUGGUGGUGACCAGUUUCAGUGUGAUAAUAAUCAAUGUAUAGCAAACACAUCAAAAUGUGAUGGUCUCCAAGACUGUACAGACAGUUCCGAUGAGUCAAAUUGUAGUACAUCUAAUUCAUGUACGAUAAAAAAUGGGGGAUGUGAUCAUAUUUGUAAUGAAAAUGGUGAAUCAAAGGAUCUUUGUUCAUGUAGAAAAGGAUACAAACUUGAAGAAAAGACCAGAUGUGUUAAUAUUGACGAAUGUACAGUUAGCAGAGCUCCCAUUUGUUCACAAUUAUGUAUUGAUAAACAGGGAACUUAUGAAUGUGAAUGUAUUGAAGGCUAUAAUACGAGCGUCGUAGCCGGUGAUGUAGCUGGUGCAACAACAUGUAAAGUGAAUGGUCCAAGACCGUGGUUAUUGCUCGCAAAUAGAUUCGAUAUAAGAAAGUUUGAAGUUGGUACUUGGUUGCAAGAAACGUUGGUGGAUGGACUAUCCAAUGCUGUUUCUGUUGAUUUUUACAGAGAUAAAUAUGUAUAUUGGUCCGAUGUGUCAAUACAACAAAUAGCUAGAUCUGAAAUAAAGAAUGGUAUUAUGAGCAAGAAACAAGUUAUUGUAAAUGAGGAUAUAGAAACACCUGAUGGUAUUGCUAUAGAUUGGAUCCAUGACAAUUUGUACUGGACAGACACGGGAAUAGAUACUAUUCAAGUAUCCAAUCUCGAAGGCGAUAAAAAGGCAACAAUAAUUGAUAAUGAUCUAGAUGAACCAAGAGGAAUCGCUUUAGAUCCAAUACAUGGAUAUUUUUACAUGACGGACUGGGGAAAAAACCCAAAGAUAGAAAGAAUCGGUAUGGAUGGAUCAACCAGAAAAAUAAUUACAACUGAUGUGGCAUGGCCUAACGCUAUAACUAUUGAUUACAUUGAUAGUAGAAUUUUUUGGAUUGAUGCUAAACUACAUACCAUCAUGUCUGCUGAUUUUGAUGGUGCUCGAAUCCGUACCGUAUUACAUAAUACUGCACAGAUAUCUAUUCCAUUUUCUAUGGCUGUAUUUGAGGAUAAUAUUUUUUGGACAGACUGGUCAGGAGAAGAUAUUUGUAUGGCUCAUAAAUAUACAGGAAAAAACUACAAAAAAAUGGUACUAGGUCUUAAUUCACCAAUGGGUAUCAAAGUGUAUCAUGAAUCUCUACAAAAUGUAGGACACAAUGUAUGUGAUGACAAUAAGGUGAACUGUGAAUACUUGUGUUUACCAAAACCACGUGUACUAUCAGACGAUUCAACUUCAUUGUCGUAUACAUGUGUUUGUCCAGAUAACAAGAACAUAUCACACAACGGUCACACAUGCGUUCCUGAAGAUAUGGAUACAACUGAAGUGGCGACAAUGACAACAUCAGAGAGAACUGUAUCCGGUAACACAAACAUACUAACUACAAAAUCAUCGGCUGAAUCCCAACCAACAUCCAUGACGACACUUAGAGCUGAUAAAAAACUCACGAUCAAUUCAACAUGCGAAAAUACUAAUGAGUGCAGUGGAAAACUUUUAUGCAUAGAUGGUAUUUGUCAGUGCUGUAAACAGUUUGCUUGGAAUGGAACUAUUUGUGUCAAAAAGGAAGAAAUGGGCAAAGUUUGCACAGAUUCAGUUAAAUGUCAAGAAAAUUUGGAAUGUAUAAGUAGCAGAUGUAGUUGCAACCGCUCAACAUAUUGGAACGGUAUAAGGUGUGUCCGAAAGAAAGAAAUGGGCAAAGUUUGCACAGAUUCAGUGGAAUGUCAAGACGAUUUGGACUGUAUAAGUAGCAGAUGUAGUUGCAACAGCUCAACAUAUUGGAACGGUAUAAGGUGUAACCGAAAAUUACCUUCAGAAUGUGCAGAUAUUUCUAGUGAUAAGGAUGGUGUAUAUUUUGUCUACCCUAAAGGCAAAAUGACGUCUCAUAAAAUAUCUGUUUACUGUAUCAUGAACGGAUACAAGAAAUGGACAGUAAUACAGAAGAGAACUGAUGGAUCUGUGGACUUUUUCAGAACGUGGUCGGAAUAUUCAAACGGAUUUGGAAGAGUAGAUAAAGAGCACUGGCUAGGAAACGAGAAUAUUUACCGUUUAUCUCAAGAUGGCACACAUGAACUUAGCAUUGUCUUAGAAGAUUGGGAAGGACAUAUAAUGGAAGCUAAUUAUUCUACAUUUUCAGUAAAGAGUGAAGAAGACAAUUACUCACUCAGUGUGUCAGGAUACUAUGGAAACGCAGGUGAUUGUAUGGACUACCACAACUCUAAAUCAUUUUAUACAAAAGACCGGGACAACAGGAUUGGAUGUGCCGUCAGCAGACAUGGUGGUUGGUGGUAUGACAACUGUUACUUAGCAAACCUAAAUGGGAGGUAUAAUGGAACACAAGAUAAAUACGGAAAAUAUACAGGACUAGUAUGGUAUAAAUGGAAUAAGGGCUAUUCCUUAAAGGCAACGCAGAUGAUGAUCAGAAGGAAAUACAUGAUAACUUGAGUGAAAGAAGUCAACUUAUAUUAUUUUUCUUAAUAAAUGAAUUUGUGUUUUUAA